UUCGCGUCGACAGCUCGUUGCCCAUCCAGUCAAUUCUACUCUACCAAAUACCACUAAACGUCAAACAAGUGUUUCCGAAAGCAGGCGGCAAUGACACGCCCUGCAUCAACCGCUCUGACACGUUUUCGAAAGCUGUUCGGAAACAUGACCAGAUGCGCCGUCAUUGGAAUGAUACAUGUCAAGGCGUUGCCAGGUUCUCCGUUGAACAACAGCGCUAUCAACGAGAUUGUGGAACAUAGUAUUGACGAGGCCCGGCUCUAUCGUGAUUGUGAGGUCGACGGAGUGCUUGUGGAGAACAUGCACGAUACGCCGUAUACACUGAAUGAAUGUCCUGCGAUAACGGCUUGCAUGACCCGUGUAUGCCAAAGCGUUCGUGAAACGGUGGGACCUAAUUUGGCUUGCGGAGUACAAAUUCUAGCGGCUAACAAUCGAGCCGCUUUAGCUGUAGCGGCCGCGACAAAUUUCAAUUUUAUACGUGCUGAAGGUUUUGUAUUUAGCCAUUUUGCCGAUGAAGGCCUGAUCAAUGCUUGCGCUGGUGAUCUGCUUCGAUACCGUAAAUCGCUAGAAUGUUUUGCCGAGAACGUGGCGAUCUUCUGUGAUAUUAAAAAGAAACAUUCCGCUCAUGCUAUCACCGCCGAUGUGUCGAUUGCUGACAUGGCACGCAAUGCCGAUUUUUUUUUAGCGGAUGGCUUAAUUGUGACUGGAAACUCUACAGGAGCAGAACCCAAUGAACGAGACAUAGGUGAGGUCGCUCUUGCCGUGCCUCAUCAACCUGUAAUUCUUGGAUCUGGCGUCACUGCCGAUAACGUUACUAGACUGACUAAGGCCUGUCAUGGUGUUAUAGUGGGCUCACAUUUUAAACAGAACGGCCACUGGACCGGCUUGCUAGACGAAGCGAAAAUUCGGUCGUUUAUGAAGCGUUUGAAAACGAAUGUAUCCUAAAUCAAAAAUAACUACAAUCCCUUACGUAUCACAUAUAUCGAGCGCGGCAUAAGGCAUAUAUAUAUAUAUCUAGACUGAAACUAAAUAAUCGCAUUAGUGCCAAUAAAGUAUCUAAAUUA